GCAACAAGACGCCGUCACACUAUCCACCAUUUCUGAUUUUUGAAAACUUGCUCUUCUUUUUCUUCUUCAUCUUCUUCCUCCGGUAGUUAAAGAAAUUGGUUUAAAAAGGACAAGUAAACUGAACAAACGCAGUUUUCUUUUCAGUUUCCCAAUAUUCACCCACUCAACUAAGUCCAAAUCUCCGAGUCAAUCAACAACUUUAGAUAUAUCACCUCCGUAAUAUUAUUUAUUGCCUACGAGAUCGGAGAGCAGAUGCUUCAGAGAAAACCCAAGUAGUGAAAAGAAGAUCCCUUCCCAGUAAUUAAAAGAUCGUAACGAAAUAUUAAAAUCCAAAAACCAAAAGACGCCUUCCCCACCAACUACAGAACAAACUGCCUUUUUUUUUUUUUUUUUUCUCUCUUUCUAUCUCUAAAACCUCAAGCAAGAUAUUCGUUUUCAAAGUCUCCUUUGUGUUUUGGGUUCCCGGUUCUAGUGCCUGUCCCCUUCUAAUUCUUCUUAUUUCUUCUUUCUUUUUCUGCUUUCGUGUUUUGCUUUUCGCUAUUUCACCAUUCGUGGUUGUUCAACUGCUUCCCGAACAUCCACUCUGGAUAAACAAUCUUCAAAUUUUCAUUGCAUAAGAUGAUUAAUUUCAGCGUCUGCAUAUUUUGAACGUGUUUUACUGGGUGUUGGAAAAUGGGGAUCAGUUGACUCUCUCGAAAUUGCAGCCAAAAUGCGUUUUUACAGUUUUUGAAACCGCCCAUCAUGGAUCUGGAGAGUGGAGUUUAUCGUGACACUAUCAAGUUGCAGAAGGAAUCGUGGAAAACGGUAUUGACGUUAGCGUAUCAAAGCCUCGGUGUUGUCUAUGGAGAUUUGAGCACUUCUCCUCUAUACGUAUACAAAAGCACAUUCGAUGAGGAUAUUCAACACUCUGAGACAAAUGAAGAGAUUUUUGGAGUUUUGUCUUUCGUUUUCUGGACUCUUACUUUAGUCCCGUUGCUAAAGUACGUCUUCAUCGUGCUCAAAGCUGAUGAUAAUGGCGAAGGAGGCACUUUCGCUCUCUACUCUUUGCUGUGUAGACAUGCCCGAGUCAACUCACUGCCGAAUUGCCAAUCGGCAGAUGAGGACCUAACCGAGUACAAGAAGGAGAACACUGGGUUAACACCAAAAUCAAGUUUUGGGUCGAGCCUGAAGUCUACUCUGGAGAAGCACAGAGUGUUGCAGAGGGUUUUGCUUGUGCUGGCUUUGAUUGGGACAUGUAUGGUGAUUGGUGAUGGUGUCCUCACGCCAGCUAUUUCUGUUUUUUCUGCGGUGUCCGGGCUCGAGCUUUCUACGGAAAAAGAGCAUCACAAAUAUGUAGAAGUCCCAGUCGCAUGCAUCAUACUGAUAGGCUUGUUUGCCCUUCAACAUUAUGGCACACACAGGGUAGGAUUUUUGUUUGCACCUGUGGUCCUAACGUGGCUCCUAUGCAUCGGUGCCAUUGGCUUAUAUAAUAUUAUCCACUGGAAUCCUCAUGUGUACCAAGCACUUUCCCCACAUUACAUGUACAAGUUUUUGAAGAAAACUCAAAGAGGAGGAUGGAUGUCCUUAGGUGGAAUUUUGCUGUGUAUAACAGGUUCAGAAGCUAUGUUCGCAGAUCUUGGACAUUUUUCACAAUUGUCAAUCAAGAUUGCUUUCACAUCUUUGGUUUACCCAUCCCUGAUUCUUGCAUAUAUGGGGCAAGCUGCCUAUCUAUCACAGCAUCAUGAAAUGGAGAAUGAUUACAGAAUUGGAUUUUAUGUAUCUGUUCCAGAGAGUUUAAGAUGGCCAGUUUUAGUCAUAGCGAUACUUGCUGCAGUAGUGGGAAGCCAAGCCAUCAUCACCGGAACUUUCUCAAUCAUCAAACAAUGCUCUGCUCUAGGUUGCUUCCCCAGAGUCAAAAUAGUGCAUACAUCAUCAAAAAUACAUGGUCAGAUCUACAUCCCAGAGAUCAACUGGAUCCUAAUGCUUUUAUGCUUGGCUGUUACAAUUGGUUUCAGAGAUACCAGGCGUAUGGGCAAUGCAUCAGGUUUGGCUGUGAUUACCGUUAUGCUGGUCACGACCUGUUUAAUGUCCUUGGUGAUAGUACUUUGUUGGCAGAAGAGUGUGUUUCUUGCAAUAUGCUUUGUUUUCUUUUUUGGCACAAUUGAAGCUCUCUACUUCUCAGCUUCCCUCAUCAAGUUCCUUGAAGGUGCCUGGGUGCCUAUUGCCCUUGCGUUCUGUUUCCUAAUCAUCAUGUGUAUCUGGCACUAUGGCACGCUCAAAAAGUAUGAGUUUGAUGUCCAAAACAAGGUCUCUAUUAACUGGCUGCUCAGCUUGGGUCCAAGUCUGGGCAUUGUGAGGGUCCGUGGGAUUGGCCUUAUACACACUGAGCUUGUUUCUGGAGUCCCAGCAAUCUUCUCCCACUUUGUCACCAACCUUCCAGCCUUCCAUCAGAUCCUAGUUUUCCUUUGCAUUAAAUCUGUACCAGUUCCCCAUGUCAGACCCGAGGAACGGUUUCUAGUGGGUCGUAUUGGGCCGAGAGAAUUCAGGCUAUAUCGAUGCAUUGUACGAUACGGGUACCGUGACUUUCACAAAGAUGACAUGGAAUUUGAGAAAGAUCUGGUUUGCAGCAUAGCAGAGUUUAUUCGCUCAGGAAGUAUCGGAGCUGACUGUGCAAAUGGUGAUUGUGCAAACGGAGACAUCUUGAACGAAGAUGAUAGAAUGACCGUCGUCGGGACGUGUUCUACUCAGACAGAUCGGAUUCAGAUGAGCGAGGAUGAUGCAGAUAACAGGAAUAUAGCUGGACCAUCAGAGGUGAGGGAGAUACAAUCUCCACCGCCCAUCAAAAGGAGGAAAAGAGUAAGAUUUAUAGUACCAGAAAGCCCAAAGAUUGAUAGGGGAGCCAUGGAAGAGUUGCAGGAACUCAUGGAAGCUAGGGAAGCUGGGAUAGCAUACAUUCUAGGUCAUUCUUAUGUUAAAGCAAAGCAAGGAUCAAGCAUGUUAAAGAGAGUAGUGAUAAACAUAGGAUAUGAAUUUUUGAGGAGGAAUAGCAGGUCAGCCAACUAUUCCUUAAGUGUACCACAUGCUUCCACACUUGAGGUGGGAAUGAUGUAUAAUGUCUGAUUCUUGGUUCAUACAGACUAUAAGUAGUGUAUAUGUUUUAUAUCUUGAAAUCUCCCCAAGUUUUAUAGGACAGUUUGUAAAUAUAGAGUGGAUUAGAUAGUGAUGUAUAACUAUACCUUAUUCAUCCAAUGAAUCAACAAUACCAAAUA